GCACCCCUCCCCCGCCUCCCGCAGCUGUCGGGUCCUUGGAGACUCGGGAUGGGCACCGGGAGCCGGGACGCGGCCGGUGGGAGCGGGGUGUGUCCGGGCUGGCGGUGGUUCCGCUUCUGCGGGCGGUGCUGGCGUCUCUGUCCGCCCCCCCACGCUCACACCAGGGCGGGGGCGCGGGCCGCUCCGCCCUCCUGGUUAGGGGAGGGUUAACCCUGGUAGGCUGGGCUCCUUGACACAGAUCCGCCAUGACAAAGAGCCAGAGUCCGCGACUGGUUCGGCGGAGGCGCUGGCUUGGGCGGGGCCGGGGAGGCGGGAGGUGGCGGAUUGCGGGACCGCGGAUUUGCACUUGAAAGUCACGGUCUGCGGUCUGCGGGUGUACGCUGCCCCACGCCCUACGUCUUCAGCCGUGCAAGGGUUAAAUGGGUGCGGCAGGUCAUCUCCGUGUAGGGGCGAGGCCUGUAGCUCUAAUUUAACUCUGAGAAACCUGAUCCACUCCCCCUUGUCCGUAAGGGGUGGUUGAGAGAGACCUUUGUGUUGGUUUUGUUUAAACCAUUUUUUUCUUUAGACGCAAUUAUUAACCAGAAAAACUUUUUUUCUUUGAUUUUGUAAGGGAAGCGUUAUUUUGAAGAAUCGAGAGGAAAUUCCAUCACAAAUGUGCAGUAGUUGGGCUCGAGGCAAUCCUCUCAUUCACUCUGAUUACUUGUUUGAAUAGUGGAGUCAGUUCCAUUUGAGUUUUUUUAAGUCGGGUUUGCCUGGGAAGGUAAAAGGGACCAUCCAGUCAUGGAUAAAAAUGAGCUGGUGCAGAAGGCCAAACUGGCCGAGCAGGCGGAGCGAUAUGACGACAUGGCAGCCUGCAUGAAGUCUGUAACUGAGCAGGGAGCCGAGUUAUCUAAUGAGGAGAGGAACCUCCUCUCUGUUGCCUAUAAAAAUGUCGUAGGAGCCCGUAGAUCAUCAUGGAGGGUCGUGUCAAGUAUUGAGCAGAAGACUGAAGGUGCCGAGAAGAAGCAGCAGAUGGCUCGUGAAUACAGGGAGAAAAUUGAGACCGAGCUAAGAGAUAUCUGCAACGAUGUACUGUCUCUUUUGGAAAAGUUCUUGAUCCCCAAUGCUUCACAAGCAGAGAGCAAGGUCUUCUAUUUGAAAAUGAAAGGAGACUACUACCGUUACCUGGCCGAAGUCGCUGCUGGUGAUGACAAGAAGGGGAUUGUGGAUCAGUCACAGCAGGCAUACCAAGAAGCUUUUGAAAUCAGCAAAAAGGAGAUGCAGCCCACGCAUCCCAUCAGAUUGGGUCUGGCCCUUAACUUCUCUGUGUUCUAUUAUGAGAUUCUGAAUUCCCCAGAAAAAGCCUGCUCACUGGCGAAGACGGCUUUUGAUGAAGCCAUUGCUGAACUUGAUACGUUAAGUGAAGAGUCAUACAAAGACAGCACGCUAAUAAUGCAAUUACUGAGGGACAACUUGACAUUGUGGACAUCUGAUACCCAAGGAGAUGAAGCCGAAGCAGGAGAAGGAGGGGAAAAUUAACCAGCCUUCUGGCAUUUGUCUGCCUCAUGCUAAAAUUUACACAGUAGACCAUUUGUCAUCCAUGCUGUCCCACAAAUAGUUUUUUUGUUUACGAUUUAUGACAGGUUUAUGUUACUUCUAUUUGAAUUUCUAUAUUUCCCAUGUGGUUUUUAUGUUUAAUAUUAGGGGAGUAGAGCCAGUUAACGUUUAGGGAGUUAUCUGUUUUCAUCUUGAGGUGGCCAAUAUGGGGAUGUGGAAUUUUUAUACAAGUUAUAAAUGUUUGGCAUAGUACUUUUGGUACAUUGUGGCUUCACAAGGGCCAGUGUUGAAACUGCUUCCAUGUCUAAGCAAAGAAAACUGCCUACAUAUGGGUUUGUCCUGGUGGGAAAUAAAAGGGAGAUAUUGGCUCCGUCCCAGGUGUAGUUCUUGUGGCUGCUGGAAGGUUUGAAGCACUUAGCCCGGCUGUGGUAGAGCAGGUGCCUCAGGAGGGUUGCGUGUUGAGCCAGGUGGAUGUGUGGGAUGCUCGGUCGCAAUGUGCACACCUUGGACUACAGCUGUAGGCGUGUUCCUUUAUAGAAGGUUGGGACCCAAGUUACUCUGGAUAAGGGCAGAAACGGUUCACAUUCCAUUAUUUGUAAAGUUACCUGCUGUUUGCUUUCAUUAUUUUUUGCUACACUCAUUUUAUUUGUAUUUAAAUGUUUUAGGCAACCUAAGAACAAAUGUAAAAGUAAAGAUGCAGUAAAAAUGAAUCGCUUGAUAUCCAUUACUUCAUGUAUGUAUAUCAAGCACAGCAGUAAAACAAAAACCCAUGUAUUUAACUUUUUUAGGUUUUUUUUGCUUUUGUGAUUUUUUUUUUGAUACUUGCCUAACAUGCAUGUGCUGUAAAAAAAAAAAUAGUUAACAGGGAAAUAACUUGAGAUGAUGGCUAGCUUUGUUUAAUGUCUUAUGAAAUUUUCAUGAACAAUCCAAGCAUAAUUGUUAAGAACACGUGUAUUAAGUUCAUGUAAGUGGAAUAAAAGUUUUAUGAAUGGACUUUUCAACUACUUUCUCUACAGCUUUUCAUGUAAAUUAGUCUUUUGGUUCUGAAACUUGGCUAGAGAAAAUUGUACAUUUUUUGGAAAUUUAUUCCUUAUUCCCUCUUGGCAGCUAAUGGGCUUUAACCAAGUUUUAAAUACAGAGUUUAUCAUAGUAGCAAAAGUACUAUUAAUGACUACCAUUCCCAACUCUUAUAUUUCCCUCUCUUCUCCCACCAAAAAGAAAAAAAAAAAGGAAAAAAAAUUCUGGGGCGGGGGGUAGGUUAAUUUGAAAAGUGUAUGUGUUCCGUUUAACACUUUGGUAUGUGGCAUUUUCUAACUGAGGAAGCCACAAAUGGUCUUGGCCCAUCGUGACACUGGGUAACAUUGACUGUAAGUUUUGUGCUUCCAAAUGACUUGGUUUUUAAGAAUUUCUUGUUAACUCUGAAAGCUUGCCUUUGAUUUUGAUCCUUUAUUCUUUCAAUGUGUCAGGUGUACAAAAUUACCUUCCUUUUGAAGCUGUCUGUCUUGUCCCUAACCCUUCCUAUUGAGUGGCCAUGGACAAGGAAAAGGCCGCAUGCUCUCUCUGGCUCCCCUCAGUGUCAGAGCCUGUGCCUCCUUUGCUCGCGUCCCACACUCCUCCCCGCAUCCUCUUGACUGCAGCCAAUCCUUCCUCAGUUGAUGAGAUCGUGUUUAUCUCCCUAUAGACACUGCCUAUCCCAAAUGGUCUAUCACUGUCUGCCUUUAAAAUCCUUUCUUCCUCUCUUCAAAUAAUGAUGGGGCUAAAUUAUACCCAAAGCUCACCCUGUCAGACAUUUUCUCAGUACUUUGCAGAAAACACCAAACAGCAAUGCCAUUUUAAAAGAGGUGUAUUUUUUUUUUUUUCUUUUAGAAUGUAAGCUCCUCAAGAGCAGGGACAAUGUUUUCUGUAUGUUCUAUUGUGCCUAGUACACUGUAAAUGCUCAAUAAAUAUUGAUGACGGGAGGCAGUGAGUGUUGAUGAUAAGGAUGAGAAACGGAAAUCCCAAACACUGUUUUGUUGCUUGUUUUAUUUUGACCUCAUUAAAUUGGGAAAUACCGGCCCUUUUGGAUAAUUGUCCCAAAUAUCACAUCAAAUAAAAGUGCAAUGGAG